GUAAAGACGUCACGUGCGUACUAUUAUUAGUUGUAACGGAAACACAAAAGGUGUACUGAAAGAUCAAUGGAAUUUCGCGAGUUUAUUGCAUAAUAGUGUAUUCACGAGGGAUUGAAGGAAUUUAAUUAGCGAGCUCUUUAAUUUUUCGCCAUCGUUUCGCCGAAGUUCAUAGUAAAUUUGAGAUAAAACUAGAUAAAUGACAUCCAAGAUGGCGGACCACGUAAUUUGGUGACACAUCCGAAAACCCUUCCCUGACACCUUUAUUGUUAUCUAAUUACGGUUUUAAACAUGUAUAAUCGAUAGAUGUUUCGUUCACACAACGAGACAUAAUACUGUCAAAUAUAAGUGCACUUAGAUACAUAUACCCUGUGGAUCAUUUGUGUUUGGAUUUUCAUUUUCUUAUCUUACCUGGGAAACUUUUAACAAAAUAUGAAGCAUUGAACUAACGGUCACGUAUAAGUCGUUAGAAUGAGUUCAAAUCAUAGGUUAAAAUCACACUGGACGUUUCACGCAAUACAUGUAUUACUAGUGCUAAUAUUGGUCCAGAAUCAACAAAACAUAGGUUGUCAUGCUCAAGAGUAUCCACCAACGUCUUUCAGACAGUCACCUACAGCCGGCAACCCAAUACCACUAGGCAGUGCAAAGCUUCUCUUGUGUAGAACAAACAGCAACCCUACCCCACUGUACCGCUGGUCCAAAGAUGGUAUAUAUAUCUCAAACGCGAGUGCCAUAUAUACACACAGGAUUGACAACGUGGCUCGGUUUGAUGCUGGACGUUACAGAUGUGAGGCAAGCAAUUCAUUCGGAGCUAUACUUAGCACUCCCGCAGAUGUUGAAGUUGCAUAUAUGAGUCCAUUUGUUGGGGAAGGUUUACAGUAUACUGUGACAACAAAUGUUAGCAAAGCAAUUGUGAUAGAAGUGCCAAAAAUAGACAGUCACCCAACACCAAUUUUUACAUGGAAUAAAAAUAACCAGCCAAUGAAUGUAGAGGGGUCUCGUUAUCAAGUGACUAUGAAUGGAUCUCUGGUGCUAUUAGAUAGAAAAAUUGACGACAGUGCAAAUUACUACAAAAUUGACGCAUUAAAUGGGUAUAUUAAUCCUACUGAUAAUCCAUUCAAAGAGGGACCAGUCUUCUACGUUACUGUCACAGCUAAUUCUCAAGGAGCUGCACGUCAGGGACCAGUUAUUGUUAUUGGACCUCAAGAUAAGAUAGUAAACAAAGAUCAAGACACUACAGUGGAUUUUGAGUGUAUUUUUAAUGCAAGUCCUGUGGAGGAAUUACAAAUAUCUUGGUACAAAGUAACAGAUGUCAGAAAUCAAAUUCUGCCCAGCAACAAAUAUUUGAUAACAACAAUUGGCCAGAGAAGGUUGACGAUAGUAACUCCAAAUCCAUCAGACAAUGGAUUAUAUGAAUGUGAGGCAUCCCUGUCGGGAUUCGACAGAGUGUCGGCGAGCGCAAAUCUUACAGUUUAUGUGAGCCCAACAAUGACCAAUCAGAUUUCAAACGAAAUUCCGAGAGAUUUUGGACAAACUGUGACUAUCAACUGUACAGCAAGUGGCUUUCCAACACCUACAGUACACUGGUACUUUAAUGGCAAGGAAAUAGGAAAAGAUUUUAAUUCCAGCAGUUACACAUUACAUCCGAAUGGUUCACUGGCAGUAAGUCAAUUAGACCUGGAACAUGAUGGAGUUUACCAGUGUUUUCUACGCAAUGCUGCUGGAGAAACCGCCAAAGCCACCUGGCUUAAAGUGAAUAGUUCCCCUCCUCGAAUGAUAGAAGCUCCGUCCAAUAUAACUAUACUGGAAGGGGGAAAUGCUCGGUUUACAUGUGAGACUAAAGGUGCACCGAAACCAGUUGUUCGGUGGGGUAAAGAAACUGCAGGUGGAGGGAGUGUAGAAAUCACAGAUUCUGGCAGAUUCCAGAUACUGGAAGGUGGCAGUCUCCUGAUUGUGUCUGUUGAGAGGGAUGAUUCUGGGAUAUAUACAUGCAACUCUUCUAACAGCCAGGGUCACAUCGCAGCAUCUGCCUCACUUUCUGUAUAUGUAAGAACACAGAUUAUCAGACCUCCACAGGACCAGAGAAUUAUCAAGGGCUCAACUGCAACAUUCUAUUGUGGUGUUUCACAUGACCAAAAUAUUCAGGUGACUUGGAAGUGGACGCACCGUAUGCUACACACUGAUUCAGAUUUGGUGAUCAACUCUGACGUGAGACGUUCCAUCGCCACUGACGGUACAUUAACCAUCACCGGUAUCAAUAAUAUAGACAUCGGAGAUUAUACGUGUCAUGUGACGUCAACAGGAGGAAAUGACACAAAAACUGUGUCGCUCACAGUAAUUGAGUUACCUCAGGCACCUGUUAUUACGUCAGUAACACUACAUCCUACUGAUGUACGAGCUGUCAUUGUGAAAUGGAAUCCAGGCUAUGAUGGUAAUACCCCAAUUACCAAGUUUAGUGUACAGUACAAGGAGGUCCUGUAUGCAAAUGAAGGAAAUAAUGAUCUAGGUUGGUUAACUUCUGAUGCUGAAAUACAGCCAGAUGUUCGGGAAGCUACAGUGACUGGUCUUCGACCUGCACGACAUUACAAGUUCAGAGUGUUUGCUUCUAAUGAAGUAGGUGAAGGUCUUCCUAGUGACCCCAAACCUGAUCCUGCUAUAGAGAUGCCACAACAACCCCCAAGUAGUCCACCAAAAGGAUUUACCGGCAUGCCGCACACCAACACCUCUGUGAUGUUAGUUUGGCAGCCUCCAGAUGAGGAUACAUGGAAUGGGCCUCUUCAAGGCUACACUAUACAGUAUAAGUUAGCUGGGUACCCAAACAGUACCUUCCAGAGAACAACUGUCAACCAGUUAAGCGUGAGUCCCCGAUACCAGUUGACAGGAUUGGCAUACAACGAAGCGUAUGAGAUCCAGAUAGCUGCUUACAAUAUUGAAGGUGUUGGAGUGUUUAGCAAUCUUAUACGUGUUAAGACAGAGGAAGGUCACCCGACUGCUCCACCUGAAGGUCUGGAGGUAAUUCCAUUGAAUUCAACAGCUGUAAAUGUUAGAUGGACCCCUCCGAAUCAGCAGUUUAUAAAUGGCAUUAACCUAGGUUACAAGGUGCUUGGCAAGAGACUGGAAGGGGUAUUUUCAGAGUUUGUGAAUGUUGUGCCACAUGAUACAACCAAUCCUACAGGAACGCAGCAAACAAUUCUUCAUAGUUUGCAGAAAUACACAGAGUACAAUAUCACAGUAUUGUGUUACACAAAAAUGGGUGAUGGUCCCAAAGCUCUGCCUAAAACAGUUAGAACACUGGAAGACGUACCGUCACAAGUAGGAAGUCUGACAUUCAGUGACAUCAGAUCAACAUCAUUAAAAGUGAACUGGGACCCACCAACAGAAAUAAACGGCGUCCUUACUGGUUACACAUUGCUAUAUGAGAAGAAGAAUGACAGCAGUACACGGCAGAGAGUUGACCUUCCACCCAGUAACCUUACCUUCACCGUGUUCAGUCUGACUCCGAUGACUAAGUACACCAUUUCUGUGUAUGCUUCAACUGGUGUCGGAGCAGGGCCAUCAAGAUCUGCUGAUAUUGAGUCUGGGGUACCACCUGAGUUGCCAGCCCCACCGUACAAUCUGGCAGUGUCCAAUAUUGGUGCUAGAUCUGUAUUACUGCAGUUCCUGCCUGGAUUUGAUGGCAAAACUUCUAUAACUUUAUGGAUUGUCGAGGCCCUGGAAGACAUGCAUGCAACACAAUGGAAAACUAUAUACACGAAGUACAAUCCCUCUGCCAGAUCUCUACAGGUGGAAAACUUAAAGCCAUACACACACUACAAGCUCCGUAUCACAGCGGAGAACAUAGUUGGACAGAGUGGAGCCAGUGAACCAACUCGGUUGUUCCAGACUUUACAGGACGCACCAGGAGCUCCGCCAGGCAACGUGACAGUCAGGGCACUCAAUGCCACGGCUCUUAGAGUUAGCUGGACACCGUUGUCUAAGGGUGAUUGGAAUGGAGAACCAAGAGGUUACAAAAUAUACUACAGAUUGAAAGAUGCUGCUGGUGAUUUUCAGAUUGUAGAUUUGGACAAUGGUAUGAAUCUGGAUAGUGCUAUACUUGGUAGACUACAGGAGUGGAUGCAAUAUGAAGUAAAGAUGAUAGCUUACAAUGAUGUUGGUGCCAGCAGUAACAGUUCAAUAACUGUAGAAAGAACUAGAGAAUCUGUGCCCAGUGAGGGACCACAGAAUGUACAUGCAGUGCCUAUAUCAUCUACCAGUGUAAAUGUAUCCUGGGGUGAUGUUCCAACCCUAGAACAGAAUGGAAUGAUUCUUGGAUUUAAGGUUGAGUACAGAUCUUCAGAACGGAAUAUUCCUACACAGUCAAAGGACGUGUCUGGUAAUACAACAACCCAUGUUUUGUUGGAAAACCUUCGCAAGUUUGUAACAUAUGAGAUCCGGGUACUAGCUUACACUAGAAUGGGAGAUGGUGUGCCAAGUUCCCCUGAAAUUGUAGUACAGACCAAUGCUGAUGGUAUGUUAUUGACACUGCGUCCAAAUACAGAAUAUGUGUUUAGAGUGGCUGCAACAAAUGAUAUUGGAACCAGUCCAUUCAGUGUCCAGUCAGAAAGUGUCCGUACUCUGGAAGAUUAUCCCGAAGGAGCUCCCAGACACGUUAAAGUGGAACGCCUCACAACAACAUCAGUCAAGGUCACUUGGGAGCAACCUUUGCCAAACACAUGGAAUGGAGAUUUGCUGGGUUACGUGUUGAUGUAUAGACAGGCAGAGAACACCAACUAUAUGGAGGUGGAGAUUCCAGUAAUAAGCACAGAGAAAGUACUGCCCAACCUGGUCAAGUUUGUGAACUAUGAGUUCCUUGUGAAAGCUUUUAACGCAAUAGGGAAAGGUCCUGCUAGUACCCCAGUUACUGUGUUUGUAGGGGAAGCAGCACCAACUGCUGCUCCAGUGAAUGUUACACCAGUAGCCUUGAAUUCCACAGAAAUACAAGUCACCUGGCUGCCACCACCACCAGAAACACAGAAUGGAGACCUAUCUGGUUACAGGAUAUCUUACUGGCGUAGAACAGACCCAGAGAGCACUGCAAAACAGGUCACAAAGCGUGAACAGUCCGUGAUCCUUGUCGGCCUUGAUAUCUAUACAGAGUAUGCCAUCAGUGUACAGGCUAUAAACUUGGCUGGGGAGGGACCCAAGAGUGCUGUCAAAUAUGAGAAAACUUUGGAAGGAUUACCAGGAAAACCUGCCUCUCUCAAAUUUUGGAAUGUGACGUAUAUUUCACUUGAUGUCCACUGGGAGGCGCCUGUCAAACCUAAUGGAAAAAUUGUCAACUAUGAACUCUCCUAUCUGGAACAAAAUUCUGCCAGUGGCAGUAAGUUGGUAAAGUUCAAUGUUUCGGGCAACUUGCAUCAGCUCAAUAUCAAGGACUUGCAAGAGAAUGUGACCUACUUAUUUAGUGUAUCAGCACGUACAGCUAUAGGACAGGGAGAGAGAACAGAUCAGAGUGUAAAAGUUGGUCCUCAACCAGGUUCCCCAGAGGCGCCUUACCAACUAAGAAUCAGUAUGGAAUCAAAUGGACAAAAGCUUAUGCUUGAAUGGGUUUCUGGUAAACAAGGACUAAUGCCCAUAUAUGGUCAUCUUAUUCAAGCUAAACAAGCUGAUGGAUACACUCGUAAUGGUUUCAGGUAUUCCAGUCAGUGGACACCUGUAAAACAGAUGGGUUAUGAAACGAGGGCAGAAAUCAACUUGUUACAGUUUAACCCAAAUACUGAGUACAUGUUACGAGUGAUUGCAUUGAACCCAUAUGGUAUGAGCCCUUACAGUGUCCCAUCACAGGCUUUCAGGACACCGGCUACAGCUUCUCCUGAUAUUACCAAAGAAAAGGCUUUCCAUUACCAGGCAUGGUUCCUGGUGAUAGUCGCUCUUACAGGAGUUAUUGUUAUUCUGGUGGUUAUCUCUUUGUUAUGUCUUGUCAGUCGAAGAAACAAAAGUAAACAAAGGAAAGGUACUGUUCUAUCCUCUACAUCUAAUCUAACACCGUCAGUGAUGGAACCAGAGGAUGGAGGGUUCAGUAAUUUCGAGAUGACUCAAGGGAGACAGUCCACUCAUAGUAGAAGGCACAAGUUUGCUGGAAUCAGAAAUGGAGCUGCCAAUAAUAUUUAUGCAAGGUCACCUCCGAGACCUAGCCCAGCCAGUGUGGCUUAUAGUGAUGAUGACUCAGCAUCAGCAGCAAAACCACCACUACCUGAUGAUGAUGAUACAGUCAGCAGUUGUACAGAGAAACCAUCAGAUAUAGGAGAUUCAUCUGAGGCAAGUGAUGAGGCCAGUGAUGAUGACAGCCUAGAUCUUCCACCACCCCCUCCUCCUGCCUCCCCACCUCCCCCUCCAUUCUCACAUGCCGUCAGAAAUCCAUACCCCUCCGGCGGUGCCACAGCAGCUCCACCACCUAUUCCAAGUCAUUCCUACACAAGUCGAGGAGCGCCUGAUCUACCAGAUCGUGGAGUUCCUAAUAAUAGCUCCUGGCAAAACCAAAAUAACUCUUCAUUUAAUGCCUAUCAGUAUACAGACAGUGAGGCUGAAAGCAGUCACUAUGCAUUCAGUUUGAACGGAGGACAAAUUAUGCUAAAUAAUACAGCUGGGUCGCGGGCGCCCCUGCCAGGAUUUUCAUCAUUUGUUUGAUGAAGGAUGUUCAUAAGAUGUUUUCAUGAAAGUGGAGGCUCAAACUUUUGAAAACUUUGUUAUGCCAUGGAGAACAGAGAUGACAUUGUCAUGCAUUUUUCAGCAUUUUAUAUCGGUAUAAAAUACUUCUGUUUUGUGACUUGGAUUAUUUCCAUGCAGAUUUUUUCUGAAGCUGGACUUGAACAGGAGCCUUGUAGAAGUUUUGACAGAUACGUUCUGAAAGUGUUCAUUGUGAUAGUUUAUACAAUAAACAUAAUAUCUAGGAGGAAUAUGAACUCAGGGUUGUGAAACAACAGGGAGCUGUGUUCUUCCGUGAUGGUGGACUUAUUGUGAGGCCAUCCAUGUACUCUGCAAUACAUAUCAUUUGUGAAUUUACAAUGGCCGUCCAGAAAGUUUUGAGGCCUUUUACAUUAUAUAUACAUUGUGUACCAACUGUGAUACAGUUAAAAGUGUACUUUAUGUAAAAUCAUUUUGUACCAUACAUGGAAUUUUUAGAAUGCAAGAAUGUACAAUGAAGUUUCAUGGGGUUUAAUUAUACACAUUCCCACAUUAUACAGGUAUUUUAGGGUGACUUGAUAUGACCUCAUAGGCUCAGUUAGUAGUGUGAUCUAGCUUUUUCCACUUGCAUCCAUUGCACCAGCUUUAUUCAUUUUUAUGGUGCUUACAGACUAUUUCAUGCACAAAGGUAACUGAAAAAUUAACAAAUUUUCUUUGUGUUCUGACAUAAGUUUAGUUUCCAUCUUUUCAUUAGCCACAAUGACAUUUCCUAGUUCAGCCUAUUGACUUUCACUCCAACUUUUAAUAUGUGUGCAAACUUCGUUGUCUGAAAGUUAUUUUACCAUUUGAUAUGUAUGAUCUAUUAAGCCUGUAUUCAGACAUACAUUCAGAAUGAAGCAAAGUAAGUCUAUCAUGCUAUUUUUGGAAACAAAACAGUGCUUAAUGUGUGUUCAAGACCCUUUGGUUUUUCACCAUUACAUUUCAGUCUUGUAUUAUCAAAAGAUGAUACCAGAACUAUAUGGCAGGUCUGUAUAGAAAAUAGCACAACAUAUACUAGCUGUUUACAAAAAGAAUGUUUAGUUAAAUUAAAUUGGACUGUUAUAAAUUGUCUAAUUUUUAAACUGCUCCAUAGAGUCUUAAAUGGAUUACUAUUUAGCGUUUUAUAGAAGACCAUCUUCAUAUAGGAAUAUUGAAAUUUGGUAAUGCAUUAAUUAGUCUGAUACUUAUUAUUGCUACACAAAAAUUAAUUUCUUUUUGAAUAUAAUUCACCAAUCUGACAAUAAAAAACAGUCUCAAAUCUUUCUGGACUUCCCUCAUCCAAUUUUUGCCUUGAUCUUGUUCAGGGGCCUUAAUUAAUAUGUGUAUCCAUAAAACUGUGCCUCACAAACAUUUUAUACAUUGACCUGAUGGUUGUAUUGAGCCUUAAAAUUCUUACUGGAAAGAAAUAGAGAAUGGAGUCGGAACGAUCAGUGUUUGGUUCUUGGGACCAGUGUGUCUGAGGCCUGUUAGACAGGGCAUUCAAUAAGAGUGAUAAGAAUCAACAUUCCUUACUGUUUUUUUACAGAUGAAGUCUGAUGCUGAAAGAAGCACUAAUAGAUUUAGGCCUUAUGGAAGAAAGUGAUUAUUUGUAGAAAUAAACUUUAUUAAAAGUUAACUCUUAUUCAGUGCUUGGGAGAAAAAUAUCUAGUUUUUGAAGUUUUUGAUAAUUCAUGCUUUGCCAAUAAAAGACAUAGCAUUGCCCUAUAUCUUUAAAUUAAACAGCCAGCUAAAUUGGCACUAAUUAAAUAAUUGACAUAGAUGAAGUUUCUCAUAUUGAAACAGUUUGCAAAAGGAAUAAGAAAAUUAAACAUUGGAGCAAUGAAUUCCAAGCCACCCCCAAAAAAUCUUGUAAAUAUGGAAUAGAUAUAUUUUGGAUUAUAAUUAACAUGCAUUAUUGAUUAUUACAGAAGUACCAGUACAGCAUUUUAUUGUUUCCUAAAGGUUGAGGAUUAACCUUGUCUAGAAUUAAGUUAUUUGUGAUUACAGUAGAUCUCUUAUUUAUGGAAACAGUAAAUGACUGUAAUUUAUACUGUUGAUGGUUGUGAAGUUGUGAAACUGUAUCAGCAAUCUCAUAACAAAAAGUUGUGGCUAGACAUCUAACACAAAAUUGAAUUUUUUGUGGGUUCUGUACAAUGUUUCCAUAGGAUUCAGCUGGUAUAUUAACAAAUUUUACGUUGAAAAAAAUCAGGAAAUAUUUAAGUACUGAAAAUGGUCUGUUUUGGAACUAUCUUAAAAGUUUGUCACAGUGGUUAAAAUUUCUUUGCAUUGAUUGAAUACAGUAGGCUACUUAACCUGUACUACAACACAUCUCCCAUGACAUUGUGAUGUUUAAACAGAUUUUUAUAAAUUUCAGUGCAGUGUUAAACAGGAUAUUGUAAUCAAUUGAAAUUAAAACACAAGUUGGCUUUUACGUAGAGAACACUGCAAAAUCAUUGUUAUUGACAAAUUUUCAAUAACUUGGAAGUUAUGUUUAUGAACAAAUGAACAAACAAAAUUUCAUUUAAUUUCAUCUUUCAAAUAUGAAAUUCACUAAUUCAUGCCCUCAUGCAUUGCCUUAUUGUCUGAAACCAUGAAAUUUUAUGCCAUUGAAAUGAAUUGAUGUCACCUUAUUUACAUAAAUUUCUGUCUGUGCUAUGAGAUUUCUGAUGUAGUGUUUUGCACAAAGUGUUAAGGAGUAUCCCACUGUGUUGCCAAGGGAACAAAUUAUGCAUAAUUGUAAUGAAAUCUGUAUACCAAAUAUUGAUAAACAAUGGUGAUAAAAUAUUUUUAUAUAUAUUUGUAAAUAAUUGUUUGGUUAUGCAGAUAUUUUGUAGAUUUUAUGUAUUUUCUAGGCUAGUUUAAUUGGUUUUACAUGUGAAAUGUCACUGAUGAUCAGUUUACUUAAUUGGUAAAAUGUUCUGUAAUUUACAGUUUAGUAAUUUAAACCAUCAGUGCUACAUUUUAUAUAUAUUCUUUUUUUUAAUUUUCAUAUUUUCAUUCUGUUAAGAUUUAUGCAAUUUUUGAGUGUUUUAAGGAUUCAGUCAUUUUCUGAAAAUAUUUCUUGGAUUUAUAUCCUGAAUAUUAAACAGACAGUUUUUUUCUCAAGUUGAUUUUGAUGCAUUCCAUUUGAGACUCGGUAUCUCAAACUCCAAGGGAUUGAGCAUUUUACUUUGAGAUAUCCAAAAUUUGACUUAAAAUGAUAUUUUGUGCAUGUGUUUUCUUGGAAGGGACUUGAAAUGUUUCAAGAUAACCAGAAUUCUGAGAUAAGGGAGUUUGAUAUAUCUAGUUUCAGCUAUACAUGCAUAUACAUAAAAUGUUGUAAGAUGUUGAAGUGAUAAUCCUCGGCCUACAGUUAAGUCUACACUUUCACUGCAUCUUCUGGAAAUAAAAUUGUAAUGUUUUACAGCAAUUGCAUCACUGCAGAGGUUAGAAUUCUACCUAGUUACCUGAUAGGAAAGAAAAGAUGCCUUUGUAAGGAGUUAUUUGCUUCUUACAGGUAUUUUAACAGAAGAAAGAUGUGUAUUUACUGUAUCAGAACAAUCAACUUUUUAUAUACAUUUUGUUAAAAAAAAUGAGAAAAUGUCAUAAAUUAAGUAGAUUUUAUAAACUCUUUGAAAUACCUCAUAAAAUUGAAAGUAAGUGAUAAACAUUUGUAAAUUCUUUAGUCACCCACUUCACAAUAAAUGUUCAUAAGUUAUUGAACCUCACAUGAUAGUUCUGUAAGCUACACAGAUUUCACUGUCUAGCUAUUUGCACUUGAAUUAAUAACACAUUAAAUACAUGUAGUAUGUCCAUUAUAAUUAAUCAGUUUAAUGCUUUGAUGUACAAACUACUGAUCCCAUAUGCAUAAGAACUGUCUCUACAUUUUGUUAAAUAGCUUUAACUCUUAAAUUAUCUAAAAUUGUCAUCUCUGUUUAUUUGACCUUUAACACUGCUGCUAUGAAUCUUUAAAAUUGGCUACACUGUGACAGGAAACAGAUCUGAUAAUAACAAAUUAAUAUGUGAAGUCUCAUGUUGUGGAUUAACUUUUGAAUCAAGGUUCUGAUAGUAUUUUUAUCUGUCUGGAGCACAAAGUGCCCAUGGUGAGCUUUAAGGAAUAUUGGAUGUCCGUAUGUCAUCCGUCUGUCAUCCACAGUUUCUUCAGAUAGAAUUUCCUCAGAAAUGUCUAUGCUGAUUUCAUCCAAACUUCACAGGAAUGUUCCUUGGAUGAUCCCCUUUCAGACCUCUUCAAGUCUGUGUUAUUCAUGCAAGAUUCUGGUUGCCAUGGCAACCAAAAGGAAAAGCUUUAAAACUCUUUUUCUCAGAAACUGUUGGCCCGAUUAAGAAAUAAUUUCACAGAAAGGUUCCUUGUGUGACAUUAUGUUUCAUUAAAUAAUAUGCCCUCUUCUGUGAACCUGCUGGCUUAAUUUCAAAAGAAUGACAGCAAUGUUCCUUAGGUAGCCCUUUACCAAAUUCAUUCAAUAACUGGCAAAGCAAGGGGGCAGGGCUAGUUUUCAUUAUAUUAUAGAAAAGUUUGAAAAUACGGGCUCUAUUUCAAAAUUAUUUCAGACAUUUUUCUUACAUAACCUACCCAAAUUGUUCAAGUGAUCUGGUUAUUCAGGUGAGUGAACUAGAUACAUUCAAAACAUAUCAAUAAUUCAGGCUGUUUUACUUAGGUUGUUUAAACCUAUCAGCUGUCUCAUUUUCACUUCAGUGUUGACCGUUCAUAAAAACCAUAACUGUUACAGAAAGCUAUCAUAUAUAUCCAACUUGUAUUGUCAAAUGAAUAAGCUAACUAGUCUGUGGUGAUAUUUGAUGGAAAGUAUCAUACUGUAUGAUAAAUAUUGUAUCUUGUCAGUAUGUGUGUACAUUGUAAUAACAGGGAACCAAGGUUAUAUGGAAGUGAGUUUGGAGACACAGUCUUUCAAACUAGUUUCUGUGCACAUUUUUCAGUUGACCAGUGGCAAAGUUGUGUUUUGAAAACAGGUCUCCAAACUCGGUUUUAUAACCAGCUGGCUAGAAUUUGCAAUUUGAUUCCAUUUUCUACAUGAACUUAGGUGUAGGUAUCAAGCCAGUUGCUGUUAGGAAAUCCAAUUAAAACCAGUAUUCUACGUAGUUGAAAGUAGCUCAAAUUAAUGUCAGUGUCUUCAGGAUCUAUUUUACGAGAAAUUAUAUCUGACCAAAGAUGCCUUUAGAACCAUGAUCAUGCUAUUGACUUUUUGGCCAGUAUAUUACCUGUUCUUUAGAUGAUUCAGGUUUUCUGUUAUGGUUGAUGAUUUUAAACAAUUUGGUGAUGUUAGCUUUUAUACUUAGAUGUUUGAGUUCCUACUUAAAAAAUUGUGUGUGAUUUUCUGGCAUGCAAGUUUUUAAAAGAAAACAUGUCUAACUUGUACAGAUUAUUUAAAUGUAAAAGUUGACUAUUGUCAACUUGUUUCCUAUUUACAUAUCAAUAAUGAUUUAUUAGAUAAUAUGUAUUUUUCAUAAAGAUGAAAUUGAUAAUAAAAUAUUCAACUGUC